CAGGCUCAUGGAAGACAAGAAGAAACACUGGGUUGAAGAGUUAUUCACUCCACGUUUCACUGCACAAGAUUUGUUGUAUGAGACGUUUGAACCAGAUCUUCUGCUAUCAGAAAAGUUGGCCAAGGAGAGAGCCCAGACAGUUGAAGGGAUCUACCAUGCUGCACUUGGUAAACUUCAAGAAGAUGAAAAAAGGAAAAGAAAAGAUCAUUUAUCUAAACUGAUCAUUCAUGACGAUGAGACUUCUGGCCAGAAAACACCUGUAACGACCCAAACUACCAUCUGUGCAUCCUGUCAAAAAUUGAACCGCAGUUCUGCUACCACUGUGGGUGAUGACAAGAAAAAAUGUAUCUGGAGUGAACAUGAAUUAAACCUUUUAAGACAUGAAAUGAGUAAAAAACAUAGUGAAGAAACUCGGCUAAAACUUCAGCUUGACACUUGCAUGCUUCAACUGUCUGAUUUAAAAGCCAAACAAAAGAAAACUGAACAGGAGUUAGAGGCUGUCAGAGCUGAGCUGGCUGCAUCUAAACGGUACGCUGAAUGUAAAAGCGUUUUGCUAAAGCAGUUGCAGAAAGAUGGCUUGAAAAAAGAUGCAGAAGUUCAGUUUUUGAAAAAGGAUUUGCAAGAUAAAGCUGGAAUGCUGCAGAACUGUACCAACAGUUUACAGAAAGCUAGAAAGGAGACGCAGGACCUGCAGCUGCAAAAUAAUGACUUGGAGGAUGAGUUAAAGAGUUUAAGACAGCAGCAGGGACUGGAAAAAAUAUUUGCUGUGGAGAACAUGAAAUUGCAGUUUAGUAGAAAAGUAAAUAAGUUACGUGAAGAAAUAGAAUCCAUUAAAGCAGAAAGAGAAAAACAAAGACCUCAGGUUUCUAUGGAAGGUUUUGCUUUAAAGUGA